CUAUAUCAUGAAUUAUUAGUUUAUCUUUGGCAUCAUCUAAUGUUGCUUCCCGUGCAUGGCACACCAUUUUUGUGUCACAGGCUUCCUUCCUUUGGCUGCUACAGAUGGAGAUCCUCACACUCUCGUCGGCUAUGUCGUGACACGAGGAGGGGUGUGGAAUGUUCCACUCCAACUUUCCUGGAUGUUGGAGGUCUGGAGGGAGGGGUCGACCAUAAAAUGGGAUGCAAUGCAUCCACCCACAGAACCCUACACAGCAAAGCAUGAGGAGCACGGACAAACACAUGCACUCGAGUUCUUCUUUUGCCUGAGGAGAUCAAACCUUGUUGUCAUGUUGGCUUUGAGGUUCAAGCAUGGUCUCCACUCAGACUUUCUCCUUCAUGUUUCCUUCUGGAAACGAUUUCUGCAACGGGAGCUCGGACACUAUUGCUUAGAUUGAGCUCAUCUUGGACUCUCGGUUCCUCGUUCAGGGAUUCAGCCACCGAGUUAGCAGUUCGUCCUCUCGGUUUCAGGGAUUCAGCUUCCGAUCCUAAUCUGGAAAGAACUCAUUUGACUUGGUAAGAUUCCACAUUGAGAAUCGUCGUCAUUGGUGGGAGUUGAAGACGAUGAUUUGUCCUUCCUGAGAGAAACUUUGGGACGAGGUAACAUCCAUGAACGCCAAAAGUUCAGAUUGGCAGACAGCUUG